ACCAAAAUCAGAGUCUCUCCUUCAAAUUUUCCGGUGAAAAAUGUCAGGCCGCGGCAAAGGAGGCAAGGGAUUGGGAAAGGGAGGAGCCAAGCGUCACAGGAAGGUCCUCAGGGAUAACAUCCAGGGCAUCACCAAGCCCGCCAUUCGCCGUCUCGCUCGCCGUGGCGGCGUCAAGCGUAUCUCCGGUCUCAUCUACGAGGAGACUCGUGGUGUCCUCAAGAUAUUCCUCGAGAACGUCAUCCGUGACGCUGUUACUUACACUGAGCACGCCCGCAGGAAGACCGUCACCGCCAUGGAUGUCGUCUAUGCUCUCAAGAGGCAGGGAAGGACCCUCUACGGAUUCGGGGGUUGAUCUGGGAACUCUUUUAUCAAUAUUGGGUCUUAAAUUUAGUAGUUAUUCUAGUGGUCUAAUGUUAGAUCUGGGUUUCAUUAGUUUUUGAUUUCUGAACUUGCUGUUCAUGUAAUUUGUGAUUAUUUUGGGUAAAUGGAAGUUUAUUUUAUCGGUAAAUCUUUGCCUUGUUGUUCAUAUGGAGAUUAACUUU